AUGGCGGUACCAAGCGAGCGAGCAGACCGUUCACUGCAUGUCGCCAUCAUUGGAGCAGGCCCGGCUGGACUGGCGGCCGCCAUCGAGUUCGCGAAGCUGCCCUAUGUGCACUGGCGGCUGUACGAGCAAGCCACGGCCAUCCGCGAGGUGGGCGCUGGGAUCAGCGUGCAACGCAACACCUGGCGUAUCCUCGACGUGCUCGGCGCCUCCAAGAACUUUGCCCCCGGCAGCUUCUACCGUGCGGCUGACGGGCACUCUGUGCAGCAUCGCAACGGUAGAACAACCGAGCUCUUGGACUCUCAUGGUCAGCAAGACACGCCGUCAAACCACCUACAUGCCCGCACGAGGCGCUCGGUCUUACAGAAAGCUAUCUUGAAGGAGGUCGACUUGAGCCACGUUAGGCUUCAGUCCCGUCUGGUCAGGGUCGAGCAAAGACCCGGGGGCAGGCUGCGACUCGAAUUCGAAGAUGGCUUUGAAGACGAGGUCGACCUGCUGGUGGGAGCAGAUGGGGUUCGCUCGGUCGCCCGAGCCUUCGCAUUCCCGCAGCACCGCAUCAGCUACACUGCCAGGAAGGUCUACCGCUCUCUCGUGACCUACGACGAGAUGGCCACCAUUCCCAAUGUCCCCGACGCAGUGACGUUCUGGCAUGGCCCGACUUCCUGGCUGUACACGUGUCCCCUGGGGGACAAUACGUACGAGAUCACGGCUAUGGUCACCGAGCACGACGAAAGAGAAAGCCAAGUGAGUUGGGGCCAGGAAGCUUCCUUCGACCAGGUCACGCCGCACUUUCAGGACUUUGCGCAGAUUGUGAAGGACAUCAUCGUCCUGCCGAAGACUGUCCAGCAGUACGCUCUGUUCGCAGGACCACAGUUGUCCACGGUCGUCGCGCGCGAUUCGAUUGCACUGGUGGGCGACGCUUCACAUCCUCUAUCUGGUGCUUUCGGUGCCGGAGCCGGCUUCGCCCUGGAAGACGUCUUUGUGCUUGCCCGGUCGGUUGCUUGGGCUCAUGAUCGUGGGUUGGCGCCGGGGGACGGCUUGCGACUGUUUGACCAGAUCCGAUCGCCUCACUACCGUCGACUGUAUGGUGUCCUCGACAAGUUCGCCGAAACCGGUGCGUAUCUGAAUAGCCUGAGUCCCACGCCAUCAUUCGACACCGCCGUCCGCAUCCUGGUUGAGAAUAAUUGGGGAAAUGACCACAACUGGCUGUACCAUUACGACGUCCAGAAAGCGUGGAAAGACGCGGUCGAAGCGGAAGACCAGCGUCUUCAGUCUAGUGCACGGGCGAGGCUUUAG